AUGGCCGACGUGCGUGAUAAAUACGUCUCAUGGGACAGGGACAGCCUCAUCGCGCGCAUCCAACAACUAGAGAACGAACUCGAGAACCAAAAACACAUCGCGCAAGCACCCAAACCGGCGCCCGGCAAGACGGACAAGCCAUGGAAGGCCGCCGACGCCCCGCCACCGCCGCCGCCCAAGAAGCGGAAGAAGCAGAAGGAGAUCGACCCCUCGCAGUACUCCACGCGCCUCAUCGCCCUGAAGCUCGCGUACCUCGGCAAGCAGUACGGCGGGUUCGAGUACGCCGAGUCGGCGUACCUGCCGACCAUCGAGGGCGAGCUGUGGAAGGCCCUGACGAAAGCGUGUCUCAUCUUCCCCGAGGACGCGAACGUGGUUAACUUUGACUGCUGUGAGUACUCCAAGUGCGGGCGCACGGAUCGCGGCGUGAGUGCCUUCGGGCAGGUCAUCGGGUUGAGGGUGCGGAGCAAUAAGCCGCUUCCCAAGCCGGAGCCCGUGGUCGUAGAAGGGGAAAACGCGGAUACCCCGAUGGAGGGCACCGCCGAGACGACGACGACGGAACAGAAAUCAGAGGAGAAGGAGAAGAAGCCGGUGCCGGAGUGGACGGAUGACAGGGAAAUCGACUACAUCAGGACCCUCAACCGUCUCCUGCCGGACGACAUCCGCAUCCUGGCGUGGUGCCCGUCUCCGCCGCCCGACUUCUCGGCGCGCUUCUCGUGCGAGGAGAGGCAGUACCGCUACUUCUUCACGCAGCCGGCCUUCGCCCCGACCACGGGGACGUCGCCGGACGGGAAGCUCAAGGAGGGGUACCUCGACAUCGAGGCGAUGAACGACGCGGCGCAGCGGUUCGUGGGGAACCACGACUUCCGCAACUUCUGCAAGGUGGAUGGUGGCAAGCAGAUUUCCAACUUUGAGCGGAACAUGUUCGAGGCGGGCGUCGAGGAGGUGCGGGACGUCGGGACGGUGCUGCCGUACCUCAGUCUUAACUCCGAGAACGGGGAGAAGCUGCCCAAGGUAUACUCGUUCAACAUCCGCGGGACGGCGUUCCUGUGGCACCAGAUCCGGCACAUCGUCUCGAUUCUGUUCCUGAUCGGGCAGAGGCUGGAGAAGCCGGAGCUGGUGACGGAGUUGUUGGACGUGGAGAAGACGCCGCGGAAGCCCAACUACGACCUCGCGUGCGACACGCCGCUGGUGCUGUGGAACUGCGUGUUCCCCGGCGAUAAGGAGAGCAGGACGCAGAAAGAGGGCGCGAGUGCGCUGAAGUGGGUGUACGGCGGGGCGGAUAUCAUGGAGAGCAUGUGGAAGUCGUACCGGGUCAAGAAGAUGGACGAGCUGCUCGCGAACCGGCUGCUCGAUCUGGUCUCGGGCCAGGUCCUGGAGGUCGAGAGCCCGGCGAAGGGGACGAGGGUGUUUCAGGGCGGGCCGUCGGGCAAGUUGGCCGGGGAGUAUGUUCCGAUUAUGAAGAAGCGGGUGACGGGGACGCCUGCGGAGAUCAACGACAAGUUCGCGCAGAGGAAGGGGUUCAAGAACUCUGAGGAGAUGAAGGAGACGAAGAAUUGGAGGAAGGUCGUGAAAGAUGCGAAGGAGGCGAAGAGGGCGGCCGCCGCAGAUGAUGCGGAUGAAUAG